AUGAAGUCUAUGUUAGCACUGGCCGUGGGCCUUCUCCUUCACAGCGUAGCUGCUCUCCCAUCUGACGCCAAUGGCAGAGAACCCCUUGAAUCUCCCCAAAGAGCCGUGAAGAGGCUCAAUACUGCGCAGAUCACGUAUUUUCCCGCGGCGAACUCAACGGGCACUGGAGUUCUGGUGUGUCCUGGUGGAGGGUAUGCUCGGGUGUCUAUAGUCAAAGAGGGAUAUACCCCAGCACAGUUCCUGAACAGCUUGGGUAUCGAUGCUUGGGUUCUCGACUACACUACGAUCUCAAAUACAACAGGGCCCAUCUACCCGAAGCCUCAAGACGAGGCGCUUGAUGCUCUGAAGUAUAUUCGGGAGCAGAACCGCACCACCAAGCUCGGCAUUUGGGGCUUUUCAGCUGGCGGGCACCUCUCCGCGGUGACGCUCACUAAUCCCGAGGCUGCUCUGGACUUUGGCAUUCUCGCAUAUCCCGUCAUCACCCUUGAAGGGAACUACACACACGUGGGCUCGCGCACCAACCUCAUCGGAGCCAAUGCAAGCGCCGAACUGCAGCAUAAAUUGUCGGCACAGAACCUAGUGUCCGCGACCACCCCGCCAACCUUCUUGUUCCACACGUUCAACGACGGAAGCGUCCCUGUCCAGAACACACUCCUCUUUGCCGAGGCCAUGGCAACGUACAAGCGUCCGACACAAGUAUUGAUCCUUCCAGAUGGGUCUCACGGUCUGGGCUUGGCUCUUGAUGACCCUAAGCGCAGCUGGACGCCUGAGCUAGCGAGAUUCCUGAAAUAUUCAAUCUAG